UCUAGUCCUCCAGCAGAGGGCUGAGGCUCUGCUGCGCAUGCGCACUCGUCAGUGCUGUCACCGCGUCUGUCGGAUCUCUCAGGCUCGUGCUGGUCCUGUGAAUGUGUGGACAGAUGAAGCAUGUGUUUGUGUCGGACGCUCGCGGGAUGAAACCCUGACCGGAUAUCAGCCGAGUCGAUCUCUAAUGAUGCAGAGUGACGACCGCAAGAGGAAGAAACACAGUUUGAACCCCAGAAGCGUAUCAGACGAGUACAGCCUGCGUGAGCGACCGAAAGAAGACGCCGCGAAGAUGAAGAAUAAAGUCACUUCACAAGUGAGCGGAAAGAAGAAGCCGUGGUCCUGGGAUCAGUAUCUGGAGGACGAGAGAGCAGAAGCCGCACCUCUGCAGCUCUUCACUGAGUUCCAGGCGUUUCCGAACAGCAGGAGCGGAUUUAAGGUCGGAAUGAGGCUGGAAGGGAUCGACCCGCUGCAUCCGUCCAUGUUCUGUGUGCUGUCUGUGGCCGAGGUGAUUGGCUUCCGUCUGCGUCUCCGUAUCGACGGUUACUCCGAGUGCUAUGACUUCUGGGUAAACGCCGACUCUCCUGACAUCAAACCAGCCGGAUGGUGCGAGUCCACGGGACACAAACUUCAUCCACCCAAAGGUUACAAGCCAAACGAGUUUGACUGGGAGAAAUAUCUGGAAGCCUGUAACGCUCAAGCUGCACCAAAGAAUCUCUUCAAAUCCCAAAGCAGCACUUCAAGCGCCGCGAUGUUUGAAGUGGGCAUGAAGCUGGAGGCGGUGGACCGGAAGAACCCGUGUCUGGUGUGUGUGGCCACCGUGGCGGACAUCGUGGACAACCGAUUCCUCGUUCAUUUCGACAACUGGGACGACACGUAUGACUACUGGUGUGAUGCGAGCAGCCCUCAUAUUCACCCGGUGGGCUGGUGUCAGGAUCACGGCCGGCCGCUCACUGCACCUCAGGGACACCCCAAUCCAGAGCACUUCAUCUGGGAGGAUUACAUGGAAGAUACAGGCGCGUCUGCCGCUCCGAGUCAAGCCUUCUGUGUGAGACCGGCACACGGCUUCCAGCUGCACAUGAAGUUGGAGGCGGUGGACAGACGGAACCCGAUGCUGAUCCGCGUGGCCACCAUCACCGACACCGAAGACUACAGAGUCAAAGUGCAUUUUGACGGCUGGCAUGAGAAGUUUGAUUUCUGGGUGGAUUCAGACCUGCCAGAUCUUCAUCCGGUGGGCUGGUGCUCCAGGACGGGUCACCCGCUAGAACCGCCGCUCGCAUAUGCAGGGCUUUCAGACGUAAAGAGCUCCGUGACGCAGGGCGUGUGUCCGACUCCGGGCUGCAGAGGAAUCGGACACAUCAAAGGAGCGAAAUACACCGGACACCACAGUGCCUUCGGUUGCCCGUAUUCUGACAUGAACAUGAAGAAAGAAGUGGUGCUGCCCGACCGGCUCGGAGGAGAGAAGCAGAUCACCUUCGUCCCUGUGCACUUUGUGCAGAAGACCAAACGCCUGUGUCCAGAUGAAGAGGAGGAGGAGGAGGAGGAGGAUGGGAAGGUUGAGCUCAGCCAUGUGGAGAACAGGGUGGAGAUGGCGGCGUAUGAAGGCGGCGCUCCUCGUCUGCGCGGGCGGCCGGCGGUGGUGAAGAGAGAGCUGAAGGAAGAGCCUUUGACUCCGGGAGCGAAGCCGCUGUCGCCCCUCGGGAAGAGAGGACGCUUGCCCAGCAGACUCUCUCAGUCAUCGAAGUUUCUGCGCAUCAAGGACGAGGAGGACGACAUUGAUGUGAACAGUGUCAUUUCAGAGCGGAACAUGGACAGUCUCCAGCAGGCCCUGCAUCAGUCCGUCUUCCUGUCCGCCAUGUCGGCUCACCCGAGCCGCGACCUGCCGCUGUGUUGGGAGCAGCACUGUAAGCUCUUGCCCGGGGUGGCCGGCGUCCAGGCCAGUCGCGUCGCACACUGGACCGUAGAGGAGGUGGCUGAUUUCAUCCAUUCUUUACCCGGCUGUGAGGAACAGGCCAAGCAGUUCAGAGAGGAGCAAAUCGACGGGAAGGCCUUCCUUCUGUUGACGCAGCGAGAUAUCGUUAAGAUAAUGAGCGUGAAGCUCGGCCCCGCCCUCAAGAUCUACAACUCCAUCCUGAUGUUCAGACACGCCGAGGACGACCAAUCAGCAGCCGGCGACAGCAACACAUGAAGCCAGAGCGACCAAUCGCAGCCGAUAUCCCUCCCCCUGCGACUAUGUAUGUGAAACAGAUUUAUAUCUGCUGUAUCGAUGCAUUCCGACACCUCUCGUGCCCCAAACGCCCUCCGUUAGUGCUUCUCACCCGUACGGCCUCUCCGUCUCCGUCAGGUUCCUGUGCAUUUCGUUUUAGCGACCCGGUUCUGCCUUUAAACAGACGUAGUGGACCGUCUGCACGUGUGCGAACUCCUCUGCGCUCUUACUUAAGCUCAACGACAUGACAAUCAAUCAAACGCAGUCAACGGCGUAUAAUCAGGGGUUUCUCGGUCACGGUGCUAUUUCUAUUCAAAACACAAACAGGCGAACAGCGACUACAGGAUUUGCUCUCGAAUGAGUGUGUGUGUGUGUGUGUGUGUGUGUGUGAUGACUUUAAACGAAUAGUUCAUCCAGUAAUGAUCGUUCUGUCAUCAUUUACUCACCUUCGUGUCCAAACCCGUUGAUGUUCAUUCCCAACACUCUCGUAUAACCUCAGAAAGCCUUGAUUCAGUAGUGCUUCUUCUUUCAUUUAAACAGUCAAAAUCAGGAAUACUAUUUGUGUUCCACAGAAGAGAGUAAAUGAUGACAGAAUGAUGAUUUGUGUCUGAACUCUUCAUUAAUACUCAGAGAUUUGUGCCCUUUCUGUUACUUCCUCUAAUUUUAUUCUAUUUUGUACAGUUCUGUAUGAUUUUGCUGUACCUGAUGAAUCACCUUUUAUUUAUUGUGCAAAAUCACCGUGUGUUUGCACAGUGAAGGAUAAUAAUAUAUUGUAUAUGAUCAAUUUCAAAUGCCAAAAGGAUUUGUUUUAAAUUGAAGAGUGUUUAUUUUUGUGAUGUAUCGAGAGCCCGGAAUUAGACGAAUCCCUGUUUAUGUUUAAUGAAAUAUUAUAAAAAUAAGUGAAAUACUUUAUUGGAGUGUGAAUGCUGCGCUCUCAUUGGCUCUGUGAGGAUGAAGCAGAAUUCUCAUUUCGCAUCAGGGGAUUUUCUGAUGAUUAUUUAAACACUUGCUAUAAUGCACAAAGCAAACGAUAUAUAUAUUUGCUAUGAAUUUUGACAUUGGUGUGAUUUCAUUGGAGAAUCCGUCUUAUUUUGAACGUUUAUUUAAUUUAGCCAAACGUCAGGAAUGUAAGUCCAUCUUGUGUGUUCUAGUUCAGUUUUACACCCCAGAAUGAAGUCGAUCAGUUGUAUUAGUUACUGCAUUCAUCCAGAUAUGAUGAUUGAUUUAUUGAUCAGAUGUUCUGAACAUAUUUAUAAACCCUGUUUCUUACACUCACUCACACUUUGUACAACAGAAUUCAUUCAGUCACAUCAGCACCCUAAUAAACAGUGCAAAUCUCCUCA